UACAUAUCCCUAGUUGGAAAAAAUAUAAUUCGUAUAAAAACAUAAAAAUUGGCUUUUCAAAACCUCCACUACGAAUAAAACGAAUAAAAACACGAAAAUGUUGAAAACAAAGUGAUAAACAUCUAUAAUAUCUCGUCAAAAAUGUAAAUGUUGGUAAAAUUUGAAAAUUAGAUUUCGUCUACAACAACAACCAAACAACAAAGGAAACAUACCCAAAGACGUUGAUGUUGAAAAAAAAAAGAAAUAUUAAAUAUUUGUUUUGUAGUAAAGCCAGCUACGAAAAUCAAAGUGUUUCGGUAGAUAGCUGCGGUCAAUCCUUUGCCAAUUGUCUAUUGAAGGCCAAUUUGUAUAAACAAAUACAAUUCACGGGGUUCGAGAUAAUCCACAGAAGUGAUUUGAAAUUAAGCAAUAAUUUAAUAAUUAAAUCAAAAGUGAUUCAUCGUAUCAUUAAGACACACACUCCACACCGCUGCCGCUCCACGAAAGCCUGAAAUCUUCAGAUACGGUUGGGUAACACUAAAUGCUAUCCGGCGGAUAAACUUUCUUCAUUCUUAAUGUCGAUUUAGUUGGUUAACACUCUUGCCCUCUACACCACUCUUUUGCCGGCAGCUAAUUGAACGAUGCUAAAGUCGAAGUAGGAGGUAGAUUGAUAUCAGCUGUCAACAGCUUAGAAGCAGAAAGUCAAUUUUUUUAUUUGAAUUGGGUUACUGUGUAUGCACUAUAACAUGGAUUUGGUGGAUAUUGAUCAGGUUUUGGACAAUUUGGAGCUUCAUGAGGAAGCCGCAAAUGAACAACAACGAAAAAGACUAGAAGAGACCAAGCAGAAGGAAACACUAACAACCCCACACAAGGCAGCACCAAAUGGAUUUGUCUCGCAAACAAAGGAUGGAACUGGCUUCAAAGCUGUUUCACAAGUCUUCAACAGUUUAGAUGACUACUGCAAGAAUGUGGAGUCAUUGGAGACAACUGUUAUCUCUGUCUCGUCACUAAAUACUAAUGAAGAUUUCGUUAGUCGGCCAACGGAGUUUCGAGAAAAGUUAGGGUUUCAGCCAUCACAGCUGGUAGCUUCAUCUCGUCAAGAAUUGGAAGAAUAUGAACAUGAGGUCGAAGAGAGUAAAGAUAUACAUAAAUUCACUGAAAAACCUCGUAGUAGAAAUAAGUUAACAGCUGCGGCAUGUGAUAGCAAAGAUUCUCCUGACGAAUCUACAAAUAGUCAAAGUUCCGAGUCAUUGACAACGUCGUCAAAUUCUACAUUUUCCUCGGGCCCUUCUUUGGAGCCUGAAGAUUCUCUAGAAGAACCAAGUCCAUUGGCCAACUCCCCCGAAGAUGUUGCAGAGGAGAAAGAAAUACAUGAAACCACAACAGAAAUGGUCAGUGGAAGUAAAGUGGAAGAACUUGCUGCCAAAGACGACGAAGAAGAAGGACCGUGUGAUUUUUCAACUGAAGAUCAAUCCCAUGUUCCUGCUGGCGAUGAUGAAGAAUCCACCUACCUUAGCGAAAUUUCAAAUUCUCUUGAUUUAAUUCAACAAAAUUUGCAAAGCACAGCUAAUGUAGAAGAUCUGACUCAGGGUCUUUCAUCCAUUUCACUCACAAGUGCAAAUCUGCAAUCGCAAUCAGUUAUGCAUUUGGAGACAUCACUGUCCUCGUCUAUGGGAAAAGUUUUGGAAAAUCUUUCAGAUACCAAUUUGAGUUCAGUUAUAAGCCAAACCAGAGACAUGCCCAUUGCGGCAAAUAACACACCUAAUGAUGAAUCUUCUGAGGCAGCCAAUACUUCGGUAGAAGUAUUAAAUGAGCAAUCUGUACCUGACAUCCAGAAUCGAGAAGAACAGCAGCAUGGCAAGGAACUACAGCCACAACAAGUCCAGCAAAUCUACGAUUACAAUCAGGCAAAAUAUGAGGACCCUAAUUCUGUUGUACAGCAACCGGUCACAUUUUGUUCCACCAUGGAUGAGAUUUCAGAUGCUGAGUUGGAUUCUAUGUUGCAAGAAAUGGAUAUAGAUGAUGAGGCAGUUGUAGUGCCCUCCCAAACAAAGGUUGAAGGAUCCAAAGAAGACAGCCAUGAAAAUGACCUGAACGCCGUUUCCCAAACAAUGUCUCAUGUGGAGGACAGGGAAGUCAAUAUUUAUGCCGAAAAUCCAGAUGAUGUUUUGUCAAAUAUUAGCUCUGGAGAUCAUCCCAAUGGCGACAGUUUUUCUCAAGCAUCAACUGUUGAAUUUUCUGAGAUAAGACCUCAGAAUCAACAGGAUCUCCCAGAGUGUGAAGAUAACAUGGGCAUCAGCUCGGCCGUUUCAUCUUAUAGUAAUAGUGAAUCAUCCUCUUUGGAAGGUGACAUUAUACAGGCUAAGAGUCUUGAAGGCGACGACUCUGAUCCUUCACGACCCCAAAGACCCACAUCCUUGGAUUUACCAGCUAUACAGGCCCUCGACAUUUAUGCCAAUGCCGGUCAAACUCCACCAGGCGUAGAGCAGACUAAUCCGACAGACUCAAACCCUGUACCGCGGGAAGAGGACGGCUUACAAGGUACAAUGCCACCCCACGAAGAACCCAAUGCUGUUAGUGCGCCAGCAAAUGAAAUAGCUGAAGCUACAGGCUACAGUGAAGAUCCACAUGCCAACUUGGGUAAAAUUCCUCCUAUAUGGGUGCCAGACAAUAUGGCCACCGGCUGUAUGCAGUGCGCUGCCAAAUUCACAAUGAUAAAACGUCGUCACCAUUGUCGUGCAUGCGGCAAAGUCUUAUGCUCAGUUUGUUGCUCGCAGAAAUUCAAAUUGGAAUUCCUAACUGAACCGGAGUCGCGUGUGUGUGUCCAAUGUUAUUUAAUAUUGACACAGAGACAGACGGGGCAGCCAACCGCAAGUAAUACAGCCACAGGACCGGGACAAGUUGGAGCUGCUAGUAGCCUAAAUAGAUCGCCAAACCCUAAUAACCCCAUGGAAUACUGCUCAACCAUACCACCAUAUCGUCAGGUUAGUGCUGACGCCAAAACACCACCUUCAGUUAUUGUGCCAGUGGGGGUUCUGAAAAAAGACAAUGGAAGUUACUCUUCCACAUCGUCUAACUCUAGUGGCCAGAAGGCACGCAAACGAAAGUCGGUAAUGUUCAGCGAUGGCAUUGCACCGGGUAGUGAUUUGGCCAGCAUAGAUCAAUGGAAUGAACAGCCCAAACAGGCGAGAAGACAAAAUUCUGCAAAUCGAAAUGUGAGCAACAAUAAACCUGCUACGCCUCGCUCGGAAUAUAUAACUGAUGCUACGACCAUGGGUUUGGUGGCACAACUGUUUAGAGGGUCUAUACCACCAAUGGCAGCAGCGGCAACCCUAAAUACAGCUAGCCAGCAAGCAGCCACGGGAUCUCCAACAUCAAAAGCUCUCAAGCCAGCUAAUCAAAAUACUAGUAGCUCUUCGCCUGUAAAUGGAGCUAAUAAGACGACAGACUCAACAAGUCGCCCUAAACGCGUGCCCCCUUCUGGCUGCGAUGACAAUGGCUGUUUUAUACCCGAAGCUAAGGACAGUUUGCCACCCAUUGUUGUUACGAAAGACGAAGCUGGUUGUGAUUUUGACUAUAAGGAUGUGGUGAAUAAUUACGAUUUAGUCAAGCGCUUACAAAACGAAACCCUCAAAUUUGCAGUGCAGAAUAAUUUUUUUGUCUUUGUUAAAAUUGUCCACUUGAAAUGUUGUUUAAAUCGCACGGUUAUAAAUUUCACCACAUGCGGAAUGCAUCAUGUAGGUAAUGAUGAAAUUAUCAUUCUACUGGAAUUUGAACCGCCAACCACUAAAGAAGCAGCCAAUAACUCGAGCUCUCUAAUUCCUCGAGAUAUUUUUGUACAUCUUAAUGAUAUCUACAACAAUGCCGAGGCCGGUAAUCCCAUACAGGAAUUGUCACACACGAGCCCAACACAGAGUACAUUCUUAGGAUCUCGAGACUACGGGGGAUUUAUAUUCAUACGUCCCACAUUCCAGUGUAUGUUGGAUAUAAUACAUCCCGACAAACCCUAUCUGAUAGGAAUAUUAAUACACCGUUUUGAAAUUCCUUGGGCGAAAAUAUUUCCCUUGCGUUUGAUGCUGCGAUUGGGGGCUCAAUAUCGCUACUAUCCUUGUCCGCAUGUAUCCAUGUGUAAUCGAGAAUCGGUGUAUGCCGAGAUAGCCCAGACAAUAAUAAACUUUUUGGCUGAUUUUCGUAAUUACUCAUACACGUUGCCGUUCAUCAGAGGCAUGUACAUACACAUGGAAGACAGACAGACUACGGUGGUCAUACCACGUAAUCGCUUGGAUGAUGUAGUUAAAGCAAUAAACAAUUCCAGUGAACACAUUUUAGCGUUCGGUGGUAAUUUUUCCAAGAAAGCAGAUGGUCAUUUGGUUUGUAUGCAAAACGUCAAUGAUGAACGUACGGAAAUGUAUGCCUACUCAACGCAGGCCAUUAACAUUCAAGGGCAACCACGUAAAGUAACUGGUGCCAGUUUCUUUAUCCUGAACGAGUCCUUGAAAGCAAACAGUGGUCUCAGUGGCAAAUGUAGCAUUGUUGAGGAUGGUCUGAUGGUCCAAAUACUACCAUCUAAGAUGGAGGAAGUCCGCGAAUCAUUAAAAAAUCAAAAGGAUGUCACAAUUGUGUGUGGUCCUGUUGAUGCUGACGAACAGCAUACUGAGAUUGUCUGUCUUAAGUGGGUGGAAAACGAUAAGGAAUUUAAUAUAGGUGUUAAAUCCCCCAUUGACGAUCGCCUAAUGGAUGGUGUAUCAAGUAUGCGUGUCCAUGCUAGUUUUAGCUACUCAAAUUCGAACUAUUCCAUACGUUUAACAGACAUAUAUGUCAUUCAGCAUGCUGACUGGUAUAAUACAAAUUCAUCGACAUUAAGUGCCGAAACAACAUCCGAUGUAACACGAAUGACCGAACAAAUCGCCAGAAGUACCUCAAUGGCCCUGGUACCAUUCUUGGAUCUUUUGGUAGCCAGUAAAAGUACGAAAAUUGGCUUGAGAGCCACAUUGCAUCAGGACAAUGUUUGUUAUGAGGCUGGUGCUCGUGGCUCAAAAUUGCCACCACUCUAUAUGAAUGCAUUGGAUAAUCAUUUGAUUCCUACUCUACAUGGCAUCUCAUCUGGCAUUGAGGAGGCGUUAAUUUUAGAAUUAAUUUUUUACAUAUUAAACGUUUAGAUAAAUCAAAUUCAUAGUUACGACAAAGACGAGAAAGCCAAGUUUUAUUGAAUAGACCUCAAAUAUAUACCCCAUUUAUUAACGAACUAAUUGUGCAAUGAAAAUUUUUAAGUAUCAAAGUAUGGUAACGAGGACUUAUUGUUUUGUUUUUAGAACUAAGCCAAUACUAAAC